CCUCUCUCGCGGGCAGCCCGAAGGUGCAGCAGCGCAUUCGUUGGGUCGUCGGCGUAGGGGUUGGAGCGAGUUCCGCACGCAACUUCGGGGUUUGUGGGGGUGCGGUGGUGGUGGUGCUGUCAAGCCAUGUCCGGCAACGACGGCCAGUGGGAGGUCCUGCCGUCGUACCUCGAUGUGCUGCGGGGAGUGUACAACGUGUGCCACUACGGACUCUACGUGACUAACGGCUCCGAGCCCGUUACCGCCAGUGCCGCUGGGCCUCAUCGGCGCUUCUGGCCCGUCAUACCGCUCGAAGAUGUGUUCGUGGUCCUCGUGCUGGCCGUCCUUUGGACUGUGAUCAGGCGGCUGCUCACCGAUCGUGUCUUCAAGCCCUGGGGCCGGUGGCUCUCCCUAGAGCCAUCCAAUGUUGCCAAGCUGCCCGAGAGUGCCUGGAAGCUGCUCUACUAUGGAUGCGUCUGGCUGCUUACCGUGUACAUUGUGGUGCUCCAGGGGAAGUACCGCUUCUUCCAGCAGCCCUUCUCUGUUUGGGAUGGCUGGUCCCCGGAGGUGGUUGUUCCUGCAGACAUAUGGUGGAUCUAUGCCGUGCAGUUUAGCUACUAUGUGCAUGGCAUGUAUGCAGUACUGUAUCAGGACCUGUGGCGCAAGGACUCGGCCGUCAUGCUAGGACAUCAUGGCCUAACAUUGGUGCUGCUUGGCAUGUCCUAUACCUUCAGGUGCCACAACAUAGGUGUCCUAGUGUUGGUGCUGCAUGACCUGUCGGACGUGCUGCUCGAGUUUUCCAAGCUCAAUGUGUACCUCAAGGUGCGGGGUGGCCGCAGGCACGCUGUGCAUGACCACAUGGCCACCAUUGCCUUUGCCUGCUUUGCCAUCACCUGGUUUUUGAUGCGACUGCACUACUACCCACGCAAGGUGAUGUAUGCGGCCAGCACGGGGCUGUUCGUCAAGCAGGUGUUUCCAGCUCACUACCUGCUCUUCCUGGGACUGCUGUCGGUGCUCCUGGUCAUGAACCUCUACUGGUUUGGGCUGAUUGUGCUGUUCACGGUGCGAGUGCUGACGGGCGACAUCCAGGAGUUGGAUGACACACGCGAGUAUGAUGUGGCUGAGAAGUUGUGCUCUUCACCACCUGCCAGCAAUGGUCACCACCGAACGUCUGACGAAGCUGUUGUCCUACGACCACUGAGCCAAGGUGAUGGGGCCAAACCAGAGAAUGGCUUCCAGAACGGCUGGCAUGGAGGUGUGCGUGAGCGCCACACGCAGGCGCAGCCGCAGAACGGCUCUUAGCCGACCACAGUGGCCAGGUCACACUCCCCUGCUGUCUAUUGUCCUAGGAUCGGCUGCCCUCUGCAUGUCGAGCUCAGAAAAUGGCAGGAGGGGCCACCUUCUAUGUCGGCUCCACACGUCUGCUUGAAGUGUCCAGACAUCAGAAGCCGGCAGCCAUGCGUGGGCGCUCUGCUACUGUUAUUCGAGGCACGCCAUGCUGUGCUAGUGUAAUUGGCACGCAUAAAUGUUUUCAAAAAGGCAUUUCUUCAAAAAAGUGAUUCGCGAGGAGGAGAAGUAUACUUAGCAACACACCACCGAGCGCUGCCGUCGCAGCAGCAGCUCUGCAACAACAUUUGUGCAAUGUUAGAUACGAUGUUAUUGCGUGCACUGCCUUGCGCUUCCAAGAAAUGCUCUCUCUAAACACUUGGCUAUAGGCAAGUUUGGAAGUAUUAUGCUAUUUCUGUAUGUCCUGCGCUGUUUCUUAUUACGAGAAGCACUUUUUUGAAGGGAUCACACAGUUGAGUGUGUUUUCGCCUAUGUCAUCUUGACCAAAUGGAACAGUGCACCUUUGGGAUAUGCCGUGUUUGAUUUGCGAUUGGAGACCACUGGCCAGUGUGGCCAUUUGGUUUCCUGACAGCCUUUUGAGGCAUCUUGGCACAGUUGCUGGCAACAGCCGAGCCCAUAUGCAGUGAUUAAGGAAGGAACAGCAUUUUGAGGAAGAACAUGAUAAUUUAGGGUUUGAAUAGCAACAUUUUUUAAUCGAUUCGAAUAUUUGAUAUUUUUCAUGUCUAAAAGAAAAACUUUGGGGCUUUACAAAUAGCAUCUGCACAUUUAACUCCUGCUUUUCUCCAUUCUGUUUGACGACUCACUAAAUAAGUUCGAACAUUUUCAAACUAAGGAAGGCACUAGAGUCAAGCAAAUAGGUAGUGCACUUUGAAGCUUAAUGCUUGCUUAGUGAAAGAAUAAAAAUACGUACAGGGUGUACAAGGAGUUACAGGAACUUAGGCACGGAGCUCCCUUGUGGGUUCACUCGUUUGGUUGUAUGACAUGACACUAAUGGCACUCUUGGAUUGUCAUUCUUGAGUGCUCUAAAGUGCUCCCAAGCGGCUGAUCUUGUUCGGAUGGUCGAAAAAGGGUGCUCUGGCUACAUUCAGAUGGUCAUUUGUGAUUGCCCAACUCCAGAUUAUAGCAUCGAGAGGCCCUCCUGUAUCACUGUCGGACCAGCUGAGAAAUCUAACCGAUUUUUGGUCAUGUGACCCCACCUGUUACCGUGGUUGCACUUGCUCUGUUGACAGAGACAAUGAUUAUCAUACACGCUGCCAUCACCACUGUUUAACAUCUAAAUGCAGCCGGCGGCGGUAUUGCUGGCUGCAUCUCUGGAAGUUCCCCUCAGCUUUCGCUUCCUUCCCUAUCACUGCUUCAAACAGCAGCCGGCUGUUUGGUUAAUACAAGAUAUCUCCUACUUGAACGCAGAGUACCUCUAGAAUUGGUCUUCUCGGAUUUGGAGGAUUACUGCAACAAUCUGCUUACAGCGCAAGGUCUGAAUAGGGCUGGAAACAGGAUGGCAAGUACAGCAGAGCACACUCAACCCUGGACCAUUUUCAGUGGGCUGUAUCUGCUCUCAUCUGUCACCCUUGUUCUGUGCUUUUUGUUGCACCUAACACAUAGUAUUGCCCAUUGUGAGGUAGAGGCAACCAACACAUUGCAAGUACAGCUUAGGGCUUAGAGAGAUUAGAAAAUUUGCUUGUGCUGUCGUUUGCUGUUUGGUGUCUUUUUUCAUUCAUUUGAGGUGUGACUGUUUUGAUACUUCUUUUUUGUCUAGGUGUUCUAUUCUCUUUGGUGUCCUUCUUGCGUGACGUUUAAGCCAGUGGUGCCCAUUUGUGCGCCUUAGGCGGUGAACCGCUGCUGUAUUAGAGUUCUACAUGUGUGCGUCUCUCUUAGUAUCUUUUGACUCAAGGUGCACAACUUUGUCUGAAUAGCAGCCGCAGGCUGAGUCAGGGCAUCAAUUGUGGAUUUUACUCGCAUAGCAAAAAUGGCUUGAGCUUCUGAAAGUUAAAAUACCUGCUAUGCUUCCUCAAAACGAACAGUUCAGUCAGUGCAUUUUCAUUGGACGACCUUAAGUGUUCCAUUAUAAUUAGUCUAUCUGCUAUUGCUGCUUUAAUUUCUGAAGCAAUUCGCUAGUGCUGUACCUUGUGGCUGGUAUCACUACACACCAGUGUUUUCUACUUCUGGAAAUGACAUCGGCUUUCGAACAUAUGCAGGCAGUGAAAUGUAGUGACCCAUUUUCUUAUCUCUAUUUCAUUUAGAACCAGAUACUACAGUGAUAUCUCUUCUGUCAGGUUCGCCUCAGUGGACGAAGUGAAUGUGGGGAAAGGAGUUUGGAGUGAGAAAACAAAGAAGACAGCGCUGAAAACAAUUCUUUUGUGGCUUUCAAGACGCAACGACGACAGGUAGCCCCCAAGCUCGGGUAGCAAAUGCACUAUUGGCAGCCUUGCUCUGAUUUUCUUUGCUUCUGCCUUGAAGUAGUCUGUCCACAUUGCUGUCCCAGGAGGCCAGCUGCGAACUUUCCUCUGCUCACAUCGGUUGGCAGCUGUUGCUUCUUUAAAUGAGAAUUCUGGUCGGGGGCUGCUUCUUGAAAAUAAGCAUUCACUUUGAAGUCAGCAGCUGUCAACUUCCUGCUGACAUCAAGAUAGCACUCUGUGCAAUGAUUGCCAUAUAGGCUUACUGAUCUCAAGGAGUCCACAAUAAUGGCACAAGUUAGUAUGUGCCCAUGAUAUAUAUCGCAAGCAAGAACAGACCAGGAAACAUAGAUGGGACAUGUGCUUUUUAUAUUCUUACUUGCACUAUCUGUCGUGAAUGCACACCAACUGGCCAGUUUUCUUCAUUGCUUCUGUACUGAUUCCUUGAUCUGGUGUUCCUGCUGCGAUCUUGAUUUUUCUGGUGUUCACUUCCAGUAUACAGAAUCUCUUGUUGCUUACAGCAUUAGAUAGUUUGCUAUGGCUCACAAUGAAAUAUCAACACCAUUACUGCAGCUGACAUUGGAGGUACGUUGCAGUGAUGUCUACGUGGGUUUCACAUUCGCAUGGUUGUGUUGUUAAUGACAGCUAUAUUCUCGGGCACCAUCCUUGGAUAUAUUUUUGCUUUGCUGGCAAUUCGGUACAGUCUGAGUGCUCUUGUAUUGAGUUGUUCUUUCUGUUGCAUUUUAUUACCGUAGAAUCUCAAGAAACCCAACCCUGUUAUUCUGGCACAUUUACUUGCUUGAGGCAACACUUGGGGCUGUCUUGCUAUGUGCUGACCAAAGCUGCGGUGCUUCUUUAUUCUCUCAUGUUAAUACCUUCGUGCAGCAUUUAAAGCAUAUUGCUUAGUUUCUCUCUUUAAUUUUCUUUAAUUUUCUUUCAGUUUCUCUCCCCCUUUGUUCAGUGCUCUAUUUGAUGUAUUUUCAUGCAGCUAAGAGCAAACUCUUCAUUGUCUUAGUACUUUUACAGAAGCUUCCUGAAAGGCAUAGAAACAAAUGUUGAUUAGUUUAUUCCUGGGGCUCAUAUGCACAUUUUCAAUGGGUAAGUAGAUUUGGAAGUCUUAAUUCGGCAGCACUUUGUUAUUUGGUAGUCGCAAGUUUUAAUAGUUCACUGAAAGUGGGCUCCUAGUGAUGAAGUUUCAUGUCUCAAAAUUGCUCCGUGUAGUCGCUAUAAUUGUUUACCGUCGGAGCCACCAACAGAAACAGAUAUGAGGUGAUGCAAACCUAUGGAAAAAAUAUUGGUCCACAAAAGUGUCACUUUUAGUUCUUUUUUUCUUCUGAUGGUGAGGUAUUGCAGCCAACUUUCAUUAGAAUCUGUUUCCAUCAUGCGAUCUGUCUAGCUAAAUGAAGACAUUUCUCUGAGGUUUGCAUUCCAUUCUCACAUUUUUGCUGCUCUAAUAAAAAGAAACGGUGCUCUCAUAAGGCGACAUAAUCUUCAAAGGUACUAAGCGCAUGUGUGACAGGAGUGUAUUUAUUCAGCUAAACUUCUGGCGUCGCAGUCACUUUUCGCCAUUUAGGAGCCUCCUUAGAGAGCCUUCUGACACAAGGUGUGCAGGUUUUUUUCAAUGAGAGCAAAGAGAAUUAGUAAUGUUCUGGGUUUGAACUGGUACUUUUGUUAAGAAAUCUUGGCAAAAAUAGAUUCACAAGCUGAGCACAUCAGGAGGGGGAAAGGUUAAAAAAUCCAUGGUCAGUGUUCCAGCUGAUGGUUUUUUACUUAUAUUAGUACCCAUUGUACACACUGAGGCAUGUCGGAAAACAAUAUGGGAAAGAAGAAAAAGACUGCUUCCGACAUACACUUUAUAAUUUUUAUGCUAAGUAGAAAUUUUAAAUUAUUUAUCUUUGCUGUUUCGCUGCACCAGACUGGGCUUUUUAAUGAUAGUGCUUUCAGUAGAACUGGUGUCAGCAUUACAAAAACAAGUAGAUGGCAGGCAAACAGUUAGAAUUAAAGGCAGAAGACACAGGCUCUAUAAUGAUUAAUCUUGCCAUUGUCCUGUUGUAUGGGCUGUUUUUUUGUAUGUCAAUCUUGAACCAACCAGUCCAACUUCAUACACUCCUGCUGCAAUAACACUGAUAUGGGCUAAGGAAGGCUUCUUUUAAGCAUUGGCUGCUCUCAUACACUUUGACUCUUUACAAUGUAGAAACGUUAACAUGAGAAAAUUGGGGGCAGACUGCUCCGGAUGACAUCAUCAUAUGUUUGGCAAUGUUUACACAUUUUUUAGUGUGGGGAAUCUGGAAAAGGGGGGUUACCAGCCUCCUCAUGUGGACCAGUCUGUGCGCACAGUUCCUUGACAGGCCACUAGUGUUGCUUACGGUGCGGAACCCAGUGUUUUAAUAAUACUGACUAGACCACACCCUGCACAUCACCUCAUUUUAGGCAGUGUUCCAAAGUGUGCCUUGUAGCUAAAGAGGCGCUUAGCGUUGUCUGGAAAUUCCAUCUCCUCUGUGCGGUGUCAGAGCUCAAAGUCUAGUUGUGCAAGUCUGCAUAAAGCUCCACAAAGUCAAGUACACAUGAAGAGUUCAGUGGAAGUAUGCCAUGCAUUUCCAUAAGCUUUACCAGAAAUUUCACAGCUGUGUUUUCCGCACAUGUCUGUUGACAUGACCAGGGUGGCCAGGCCUGUGCUUUAUGUUGAAAUGAAGUAGAAAGUAGAUUGCCGCAUUGACAGCACUGAGUGCGAGCCUGAUCAUCCGAGUUGCAUUAAUCAAAACCCGCAAGUUGAGGAUAGAUUUGUGAAAGGGAGUGUGUGCAAGAUUAAACUUUUUUCAACUAUGACGAUUUCUUUCCAAGAAACUUGAACAAGUUCCCUUUGUAGCUUCAUGCUAUAUGUAGGUUGAUGCUAUCUUUCACUUUCAUUAUUAAAGAUGCAUAGGGAAGCCCUUCUCUGGGAUUCUGCAGUAUGCCUAUCAGCACUGUGCUUGGUUUGUGUGUCAGCACUGGCCAACUGUCUCGAGAAGUUAUGUCAAGGUAUAGGUAUGUGGACUAGGCUCCACACUGGUGCUGCCCUGGAGUGACUCCAGGGCAAACUUGGAAGUGCACUGUGUGCCUCGCUUGGCCUCCCCCCUCGGCAACAGGGUGUACAGCUGUGCCUGCAGCCCUUACAGCUGCACCGCAUAUACAUUGAGGCUUCUGGGGCCUCCUUGCUUGGCAUGUGGCGGUUGGGCGCACUUGUUGAUAGGUGCUAGUGUUCGCACUGUAUGAGCGGCAGCUGAUUCCUGGAGCAGGCUGCUCCUGGGACACUUUUGUUACACCUGUUUUGAAGUCUUCAGUGGGUGUGCACAAGAACUGGAGCAAGGCAAGACGCGUUUCUGUUUCUCGCAAGAUGUGCGGCAUCUUUCUUGGAAAAGCUUUUCUUGUGCUGAAUGAUUUCAAAGGGGAAUUCAGACGCUGGGUCUGGACAUCAAUGUUUAUAAGAUGCUUCUGUGUGCCGUUUCCUUUUUAAAGGAACACUAAAGAGAAGAAUUACUUUAGCUUUAUUAGUAAAUUACCCUUCCAGAACACCAAAAAGAGCCUUCAAAAGAGCUGGUGCGGUUCCGGCACCUGCUCGUUGUGACAUCGCAGAUAUUGAUGGCGUCUGGUUGGGCCCAUUUAAUUUUUUAUCGGUAAAGGUUGGAGACUAAACAUAGCAAGUUUUGAGCACCUUUACUGUGCCAUAAUCGUCCAAACAAGGGGGAAAAAAUGAAAUCCGUGACAUCACGCAUGGUACCAGCGCUGGGGUUCUAGUGGAAAAAAAAAAAAAAAAGAAUGUUUGGCCUUCAUUUUUUCAUGUUGUAAUCAACGUCUUUCCCACGAACUUAAGAAUAAUGCAGCUUUGAUAGAAGAGGUUAUCAGUCUACACUAAUUUAGUGUAUCUCUUUAGUGUCCCUUUAAUUGCAUCCAGCGUCGUUCUGUGUAUGCAUUGAGCAGGUCACUGACUGCAGUUGUUCUGUAAUGUGAACCUGCUGAGAGAGCUGUCUGCUUUUAGCUCUUCUAAACAUUUGAAAUGUUUAAGUGUAUUAAUGUUUAAUUUGAAUGUCCCCUGUCCAGCUGUGUGGGCAUAAUUGGUUGAUGUUAACACCGCAGGAACUCAAAUUCGCAGCAGGUUAUUUCAUUCAUUAGGAUUUCAUCUUGCAGGCACUGUUUAAAACUAGUUUUCAAGCACUUGAUUGCUGUACUGUUGCAGUCAGUUUAACACGGUGUAAAUUUAGGGGAAAAAGUGUCAUUAUUGAAUGACAUGUGUUGAUGUGUCGAAAGUACUGUAAUUUUAAGAUAGCUUAUUUCCUAUGUUCCUUGUUGGUGUCAUUGUUUCUAGGGAUAAUGACCUUUCUCUGUUUAAUGUGCAGAACUUUUAUAUGCGUAAAACAUGCUCAAUGAAUUGAAAGGGUCUCUAUAGCUAAAUACAUGGAAGAAGGAAGGACACGUUUCUUUGUAAUGCUACUACAUAGCUGGCACCAUUUUUAGCAAGGCAGCAUAUUCAGGGCGCCUUUUCUAUCUGUAGUACUUUUUGUGCAUUCACUGCUGACAGACAUUUGAUAUCAUGUGAAAACAUUGAUUACAUGUUUCACUUAUACUGCGCCUGUAUCCACGUGGGCUCACCUUCAUGCAGCCACACUGUAGUGACAGCCUUUGCACAGCAAUAUGAAUGCAUCUGUUUCGAAGGGUACAUGGCAGGCUGGUCUUUCCUUUAUAAGAGCCUUUUAUGAAGCUUCCUUUCGCGUGUAUACCCAAGCCAUCUACUGCUAAGAGUGGAUCACAUAUCGUAAUUGUGUUAUCUUUAUGUGUAGAUGGUUAUGUUAUUGGUUCAUCUCUGAGCACCAAGGUCUCCCCUGGGUGGUACGCUGUUGGCACUUUUAGUGUUGUGCGUGUAAAUGUCAUUGCUUUGGUGGGUCUCCUUGUUCCUGGUGGUAGGUGAGCACUGGUGUGUUGCGUACCUGCUCUUUAGACAUUUCCUUUGGCACUGGUCCUGUGUUCUUUGGUGAAAAGCUCAACAUCGGCCCAGCUUGCUUCCUCUGCUGGCUACCAGGAAGUGGUCUUUCCUUGUGAUGAAACAUGAUGCCUUGUUAGGAAACGUCGGACCUGUAGGGGCUGGCUCUGCAUGCAACUGUAGCGUGCACAGACUUCCCAGAGAAGAUGUCGAGACGAAAGUGCCCUGACGGUGGCCAGCUAUUUUGGUUCUUUGGGCCACCGAAGUGCGUGAAUUUGUGCAUCACCUGACACUCGCUUUGCUACAGGGAUUGCACAUGUGACUGCGAGAGGCAGGUGUGCCUGAAGGUACGGCAGGCCCUGCGCAGAAACUGUGCCCAUGGGCACAGUGGUCAGAUCGGUCGGCAGGGUGUCGCUGUGUGGCAUAGGCAUCAUUGUGCUUGACACAGAAGUACACACCAAGGUUCAUGUCUUUCGCGCUCUUUUGUUGUCUUUUGGCUACACCUGGCCAGAAUGAUUUCUUGCAAUGCUUGCUAUGCUUGAGCAGGACUAAGGCACCAAGCUUGGCACCCAUGAAAUUUAGCUCACUCCUGUGAAAUUCAGUACAGUUCUAUAAACUCAAUGCAAUCCUGUGAAUGCGAUCCUAUAAAAAUGUAAGGGGCUGGCAUAAAUAGUGCCACAUUGAUCUUGGCAACGCCUCUUGUUUGAGCGAUGCAGUAGAAGUGUUUGCAUUCACUAAGCAGCUAGCUUUAUCGCAAGUAGGGCAGGAAAGGUAUUUCCAGACUAAAUUUCAGCUCUUUUUGAUGCAAAUGAACAAUACAGUUGCUCAUGAAACACUAAGUGGUGCAAUGUUAUCUGGUGCUUCGAUUCUGGCUUUUCAGCGAACAUCUGCGAAACUCAUUUAAAUAUUGAAGGCAAGGUGCUGCUGCAUCAAGAGACGUUUCGUUUAGGCUAACAUAGUGCACAGCUGCUCUUUCAUGGCGCAACAGCCUAUGCUUGCAAUGAGAGUUGGCUUCCGUGGCGUCUUCCAUCCUCAAGCUUUUCAGAGCUUCCAAUGUUGAGGCACGCAUUCGGUAUCUCGUAGGCGAUAAAUUCGUCAGUGUUUCUGCUUGGAAUAUUUGCCGGUUUCUUUCUGUCCAGGGCCUGCUGUAUCAAGUGUGUAUACUGAAGUAUCGAAAUUCGGAGGCUGUGACAUUGCACGCUGCCGCUUCCAUAUGCCAUGCUGAUCAGGCUGAUCAGUAUGUGUGGGCUGCGCUUGUUGCUUCUUGGCACAGUUGCUGUCUUUUGACUGCCUGCCUUUUUACCACAGCAGUGAUCAAUGAUGCAGAACUGUAGAAAAAGAAAACCAACAAACAAAGCUAGUCCGACUUUUCUCAUGCGCGCAUGUGUGCAUUUGUGUGUAUGUGUGUUAUGUGUGGACUGGGUGAUGCAGUUUGUAUGUCACCUUUCUCUAGGUGUCUAUGGUCGUUCUUUUUUUUUUCACCUUGCCUCCAUUGGCAGAAAUAUGUUUGCGAAAGGUGUGUCUCAAGAGAUAAUUCAUUCUUUCGGUGUCAUUUAUUAAGACCCAUUAUAUGUAGGUGUGCGUGUUAUAUUGCUAGCACGGGAACCAAGCGUGUGCUUGUGCUGUAUGCAGCGUGUAUUUUUCCUUUUGUUCUCUGUCUUUUGCUGUUUCUCCUUGCGCGUGUACUGAAGUGUUAUUUCCACAGGACAUGGUGUCCAAAGCAAUGGAGCCUUCUGAGAAAAUAAAUGCGUAUGAAUAUGUCA